AUGGCAUCAAGCUUUAGAUUUCUGAGGGUCCUAAAUCUAGAAGGAGUUCCUAUCGAAAGCAUACCAGAUGAAGUGACUAACAUGUUCAAUUUACGGUAUCUAAACUUAAGGAAAACUAAAGUUAGGGAGCUUCCCGAAUCUUUAUGGAAGCUACAGAACCUUCAAACACUGGACGUCAGGAAUACGGAGCUAGAGAGGCUACCCAGUGGGAUUGUGAAGCUACGUAAACUACGACACCUGUUUAUUUAUCGACUUACUGACGAGUUUGCAUAUAAUUUUAAUUUCUUUACUAGCAUCCAAGUUCCUAUAAGAAUAUGUAAUUUAACAAGUUUACAAAGUCUAGAUGAUAUUGAAGACAAAGAAGGGGAGAUUGUUAGAAAAGUUGGGAACUUAACCCAACUGAGAAGUCUUAGCAUUUCUAAGGUCAGAGAAAUCGAUGGAGCUGAGUUGUGCAAUUCAAUCGGAAAGAUGAAACACCUUCUGAAGUUGACUGUGACUGCAAGUAGAGAGGAAGAAACACUUCAAUUGGAAGCACUCUCUCCUAACCCUCCACCGCUUCUUCAGAAGCUUUACCUGUAUGGGCAUUUGGAGAAGGUGCCUCGAUGGCUUAGCUCCCUUGUGAACCUCACCUAUUUGGCGUUGAUUUGGUCAAAGCUGAGAGAAGAAGAUCCGCUUUCGUCACUCCAAGCAUUGCCCAAUCUGGUGUACCUUCAACUUUACAAUGCCUAUGAAGGGCAAAAGCUGUGUUUCGGCGAUGGACAUUUCACUAAGCUCAGGAAACUUUAUUUAAGGGAUAUGAAACAACUAAAUCGUAUAGUAAUAGAGAAGGGAUCAUUGCCAAGCAUCCAAGAGCUAAUUCUGGACAGCUGUGGAGAGUUGAAGACUCUUCCAGAAGGGAUUGAAUACGUCUCCGGACUCCAAGAGCUUAUCUUAGAAGACAUGCCAAUGGAACUGACAAAUAAGUUUCAGCUAAAAGAUGGAAACGGGGAGGACUGUAGAAAGGUGAGGCACAUCCCCAUCAUCAAGCGUGUACAGUGGACCGAAGCGGAAGGAUUCGUCACGGAACGACUCAACUAG